GCAGCAACAGGGAAGAUGGCAGCCCUCACAUCUCUCACCCAGCUGUCAAGUGGGAACCCUGUAUAUGAGAACUUUUACAGACAGGUGGAUCCUGGGAACACAGGGAAAGUGGGACCAACAGAAGCUGCCCUGUUCCUUAAGAAGUCUGGACUCCCUGACAUUACUCUGGGAAAGAUCUGGGAUUUGGCUGAUCCAGAUGGUAAAGGCUACCUUGACAAACAGGGGUUUUAUGUUGCGCUGCGGCUGGUGGCCUGCGCUCAGAGCGGCCAGGAAGUCAGUCUUUCUAGUCUCAACGUCACAGUCCCUCCCCCGAAGUUUAAAGACAGCAGCAGUCCGUCACUAAGCAGCACAGCCCCUUCCUCUGGCGAACUACACUGGGCUGUCAGGGUGUGUUCAAACACACAGUUGCACUCACUUUUACCUGAGGAGAAGAACAAAUUCGAUGGGAUUUUUGAAAGCCUGGUGCCAGUCAACGGCUUACUGUCAGGAGAGAAGGUCAAACCGGUUCUGAUCAACUCCAAGCUACCUCUGGACGUCCUUGGGAAGGUGUGGGACCUGAGCGACAUAGAUAAAGAUGGCCACCUGGACAGAGACGAGUUUGCAGUGGCGAUGCACCUGGUGUACCGGGCUUUGGAGAAGGAGCCCGUCCCUGCCCUCCUCCCCUCUGCCCUCAUCCCUCCAUCUAAAAGGAAGAAGAGUCUCGGCUCGGUGGCCGCCUCUGUGCCUGGGCUGCCGGCGAGCCCCCCGCCACCAAAAGACUCGCUGCGCUCCACACCCUCCCACGGCAGCAUGAACUCACUCAACAGCACCGGCAGCCUGUCGCCCAAACACACGCUCAAAUCUGGGCAGCAUUCGCUGAACUGGGUGGUCCCUGUGUCAGAACGUGGUCGCUAUGACGACAUCUUCCUGAAGACGGAUGCUGAUAUGGACGGUUUUGUCAGCGGCCAUGAAGUAAAGGAUAUCUUCAUGCAGUCUGGACUCUCUCAAAACCUCCUUGCCCAUAUAUGGGCUUUGGCAGACACAAGACAGAUUGGCAAGUUGACCAGGGAACAAUUUGCCCUCGCCAUGUAUCUCAUCCAGCAGAAAGUCAGCAAGGGCAUUGACCCUCCGCAAGCUCUGACUGCCGACAUGAUCCCACCCUCUGAAAGAGGCACUCCAGUUCCAAAUAUGUCAGGGUACAUGACUCCGGUGGGGUCAGAGAUGGCCGCUCUGUCGGAAAUGAGACGGGAUAGUUCUAGUUCAGUGGGUUCGGGAGAGUUCACCGGCAUCAAGGAGCUGGAUGACAUCAGCCAGGAGAUCGCCCAGUUGCAAAGCACUCUUGCCUUUACCCAGUGGAAUACUCUAAGGGAGAAGUACACUCUUGAGCAGGACAUCAGGGAGACGGAGGAGGCCAUUCGAUAUAAGAGUGCUGAGGUGCAGGAGAUGCAGAACAAUCUGGAUAGAGAGACGACCAGCUUGCAGGAACUAGAGGCUCAGAAGCAGGACGCCCAGGACCGCCUGGAGGAGAUGGACCAGCAGAAACAUAAACUAGAGGACAUGCUGAACGAAGUCCGAAUUAAAUGCCAGGAAGAAUCUCAAAUGAUCUCAACCCUCCAGAGUCAGAUCCACUCCCAGGAGUCGGACUUGCAGAGCCAGGAAGAAGAGCUGAGCCGGGCGAAGGCUGACCUGGGCCGGCUGCAGCAGGAGGAGAAUCAGCUGGAGCAGAGCCUGGCGGCUGGCAAGAUCCAGCUAGAGACCAUCAUCAAGUCUCUGAAAGCCACCCAGGAUGAGAUUAACCAGGCUCGCAGCAAGUUGUCCCAGAUUCAAGACAGUCAACAGGAAGUGUCUAAAAGCAUUGAGCAGUACAACAGCACCUUGAAUGGAACCCACGGAGGCAGCAUGACCAACCUGGCUGACAUGAGCGAGGGUUUCAGUGACAGGGAGAACGGAGGAUUCCCGGCCAUGGUGAGGGCGGCACAGGAUGACCCACAAGUUCUCAAAAGGAUCUACUGUAUGCCAGGAGAAGAAGGGGGCCAGGAAGAUCCAUUCAAAGCAAAGCCAUCUGUGUUCAACAAUCAGCCUCAGGAAAUUCACAGUGACCCCUUCCACACUGAAGACCCCUUCAAAACAGACCCUUUCAAAGGUGACCCUUUUCAAAACGAUCCUUUUGCAAAGCAGCCAACAGCAACCACAGAUCCGUUUGGAGGAGACCCCUUCAAAGAAACAGAUCCCUUCAAGGCUUCGUCAGAGGAUUUCUUCAAGAAGACAACAAAGAUAGAUCCCUUCUCCACUCCAGACCCCUUCAGUAAAAGUGCCACAUUACCUUCCAAGCAAGCCAGUCACUUCACAAGCAGUGACCCAUUUUCUUCAAGCCACCCUAAACCCAAAGGACCAGACCUCUUUGGCACGUUGGACCCCUUUGGCAGUAGUUCGUUCAGCACCGGCAGUAACAGCUCCGCUGGAUUUGCAGACUUCAGCCAUAUGUCAAAGCCCAGAGACCCUUUUGAAGGAAGGGCCAGCUGGCUGCCGGAUUACCAGAAGCCAGUGUUUGUGGACGACUCAUUCAGCAGGAAGAGCGACACCCCAGCUCUGCCCCCGAAGAAAUGCAUUCCCCCGAGGCCCAAACCCCCCAGUGGUACGACUACGCCGGUGAGCAUGACCGGCCCAGCGGACUCUUCCAAACCCUGCGACCCCUUCCAGCCGUUCAGUGGCGAAGCCGUCGACCCCUUUCAGAGUAAAAAGGGCCUGGGAGACCCUUUCAGCGGCAAAGACCCCUUCGUCCCGUCGUCAGCAUCAAGGCCCGAGAAAGUCAAGUUUGGGAAUGAGGCUCAGCAGCUGGAGUGGGCUAAGCGGGAGAGCGAGCGGGCAGAGCGAGAGCGUCUGAAGAGGCUCAGACAGCAGGAGCAGGAAGACCUGGAGCUGGCCAUCGCCCUCAGCAAGGCAGAGAUGUCCAACGCAUGACCUGGGGAAGCCCUAGUACCACACUCCAGUACCACACCUAGCCAUACACAGGCUGACAUGCAGACGAAAAAGUGGCUGACAUUAAAAUAUCCAGACAUGAAGCACAUCACUAUCUAAAUGCAAACUCUGGGUGCACACACACACACACACACACAAACACAUGCACACUCAGCGACAAGGAGGAAAAACUUUCACUCAAGUCUGAUCAAUGACCCCUGCACUGGAGAAACAACAAAGACUGUAGGCUGACGACUCAUCACUGCAAAACUCUACUGCUGAUUUGAAGAGAAGGGAAACUGAAGUACAAAGAAGUAUGCGAAGAAGGUCCGAGCAGAGGGCUCGGGGGGGAAAAACCAUCUGACGCACUGUGGAUAUGCACUAUAGUGACUGGACCCAUUCAUUCACUGGACUAAAGCGGACGAGCUGACCUUCGCGGACAACAUCUUGAGUUUUGCGUUUGCGGCAUGUUGUUUUCAGCUUCUUCAGCUACACUCACAAUGUGGGGAAAUGGCAUGCUAAAAAAAACUACUAGAGAAACUGUUUUUUUCCCUCCCCCUGUAAUAAGCAACACAGGAAAAAAACUCCUACUACAAAUUCAAAAAAGAAAAGAGGCUUGUUUGAGUUUUCUUGAAGGUGUUUUGCGGCAAGUAGGUUCUUCAUUUGUAAAAGAAUGAUAAAGUUUUUAUUGUGAACAUCUGUCUAGGGGUCUAUACACAUGACCAGAUACUCACCUGUUAUUGGAGGAAUUAGUUUUGAUCGCAUUAGUUGUGUAAGGUGGGCACCAAACUAGACGUUACUAAUAAAAACCUAGUUCUUUAGAGCUGAAGAAGUUGGUGAAACGACUUCAAGAAAACCCAACGUGUUAGAUUGCUGUUGUUCCAGCUUGUUUUUUUUUUUUUUUAGACAUAUCUUGACCUGGAUGACCGGGAACAUUCACAGACCCAAUACUUAUUAACCAGAAUUCCCAGGUAUAUAUACAUAUAUAUAGUGUUGACAUUGAGCUACUGAAGGAAUAAUAUACUGUUAGCAUUCAGUGUUGAAGACUGUGCUGUUGAAGAUUGGGAUUUUUUUUUCUUUCAGUUAGUGAUAUAAAUCUAUUUUUGCAAUGCUGUCACUAAGCCAGAUUCAGAUGAGAAGUGAGAAGUGGGAUACUAGUGGAGUGGAGUGGUUUCACUUCCUCCGGGGACUAGCUGUUAUUCUCUCCUUUGUGCUAGGAUAGACUAAACUCUAUACUGAAUGUACAGAAAUGAAUGAAAUGUUAGUCGUUUCCUCAUCUGGCGUCGCAGCGGUUAGCCCAGCGAGAAGGUUCUGGACUCGAACCUCCUGUGACUGUGUGGGGUUUCUCCAGGUUUUCUCCAGGUCUCGUUUCCUUCCACAAUCCAAAAAACAUGUCGGGUCAACUGGUUAUUCUAAAUUGGCUGUAGCUGUGGUUGUGGUUGUGAAUGGUUGUUUGUGUCUGUGAAAGACUGGUGACCAGAUUGGUGAACAGUGUAGCCCACCUCUCACCUAACCUCAGCUGGGGCUAGGAUAGGCUCCAACCCCCCCAACAUUACCAUCAUUAGGAUGAGCAGUAGAUAAGUACUGGAUGGAUGGAUCUCAUCUGACUCUGGGUGAACACAGAUCCUCCAGAUAUCAUGUUUACAGUUAAUUUCAUGCCACACCCGGGCCUUUCGUGAGAUUAGUCAUAUUCAGAGGAAAAGGUUUUAAAGCGUACACUGUGUGACACUUGUAAAUUGUCGUACACCAGAGACUCCGUGCUGCAGAAGGACCCCCAGGCUAAACUUGGUACUUUCAACCAUUCAACUUGAGUUUUUUUUUUUUUUUUAAUCUCACAUUUGCACAUAUUUUAAAACAAGACACAACCGCAACAUCAGGGCUUAUUUUAUUCAGAUUCUGGAAAAGCACCCUGCACAUUUUAUACGUUCUCUACUUACAAAUCUGUAAAAUCGGUGGAUGUCUUGUCAUUGCUCCUGUUCUAUGAACAAUGGGAAUCAAUCCACGAUUACUCCGAGGGCAUUAACCUGCCUCGUAUGCGCAGACACUCCAGUCCCCCUCGUCCUCCUGUCCUGAGAAAAAAAAAAAACAUAAAAUCAUUAUGUCCAGAUCAGUCUCUUCACAUUAAAGGAAGUUGAGGGAAAACGAAUCAGCUGCUUAAAAACUUAAAAAGAUUCAUUGUUGAAAACGAGAGCAGUCAGAUCAACAUAUCCGUUUGUGACAGUAAGUAUUGUACAAACAUAUUUUCUUCUGUUCGUGAAUAUAAACUCCUCUUUUUCUGUAAAUGGACCAAGCUACCUAUACCUCUUCAUUCCUCAUCUGUGAUGGUACACCACAUCCAGCAAAAAAUGAAAGAUUUUUACGAUUUCACCACUUUUUUUGAGGGGUUGGGGGGAUUUUACUUCACUUUAUUUUUUAUUUUUGUUGUUAUAUUGUGCUCCAAUUCCUCUUUGAUUUUUAGUCACUCGGGUGCUGAAAUUAUUAUUUGUGACUGGCUAGAAACUGGAAUAAUGUGAAAGGCGGCUUUUUCUGGUGCGUCGUAGUUUGGACUCAAGCACUCGUCUCGUGUUUUUGCUCUGGAGUUGAAUUUCAUCUGGACAGGAGAACGGAUUCCACUGAAUUUGUUUUCCGAAAAAGACUUUUUGUUUCAUCCAGAAUCCCUGUUGUCUUUAAUACUGCACAUGUGUAUUUUAUUUUUGUGUGUGACCAUGAUGAACUGUACGCUUCAGUCAGUGUAUAGCUUUGUGCAUGCGGUCCAGCUGUUACUGCACACUGUACAUGUUCUGCACAACGUUACUCCCCAGUGUCUGAUGCUGCCUGGUGUAGAUUAGAAAUGGUAUCUGAGAACAAGAACAGCAGAAUUUCCAUGUAACAGAUGUGCCCCUGUGUCAUCAGUAAUGGCUGAAUAGAUGCACUGAUCAGGCACAACAUUAUGACCACUUCCUAAUAUUGUGUAGGUCUCCCUUGUGACUCAUCAGAGGAUGGACAUGGUCCUUCUGAGGGUGAUGUCUGGAAACAGGACGUUGUUAGUGGGGACGUUGGGUGCUAUAGGUUGAGGGAAAGUGUCUCUUGUUCCAGUGAGUUGAUACUAAGAUACAGUUUGGGAUUUAGUGGAUUUGGACGUCAGGUCAACACGUUGUGAUGUUCUUCAUGUUUUUUUUUUUUUAGUUGUUUCUAAACGGUUGUGUGUGCCUGCUGGGGAUGGCUGCUGCCAUCAAGGAGUGUCAUUGCUAUGGGGGUGGGGGUCCCUGGUCUGGUCUAGGUGGGUGGCACAUGUCUAGGUAACACGACAUGAAUGCAAAGUCCAAACGUUUCCCAGCUGAACAUUGUAUCGUCACAAGACGGUGAAUGUUAUUCACUUCUCCUGGCGGUGGUUUUAAUGUUGUGGCUGAUCGGUGUGUGUAUGUGAGUGGUGUUAAAAUCCUUUGUUAUGAUCGGGUCAUGUCUUAUAUAGUAUUGACCUCAAAGGAAAUAACCGUUCACUGUCACAUUAAGUGAAUCAUAGUCUGCCACACACAAAAUGUUUUACCCACUAUAAAGGAGGCUUAUUUCCAACUCAACAUUUUGGUAAAUUUGGCAUAAAAUUAGGCUGAAGUCCAUCCAGGACUGUAACGUGUGACGGUCCAGGAUUUUAGGAGGCUGUAAAAUGCUACAUAAAAACUUGAACAGUACUCCAAGAUAAAACCACUUUUCAUGCCUAUGAACGGACAGCGCAUUGCGGUCAUAAACUUUAUUUGUGUGGUUUAUCGAUUGUGUGGGAAAAUGGUCUUGGUUUGUGUCAGUAGCAUGACUGACGCUUUAUUUUCAUUCACUGUGCGUGUUUGAAACCACUUAAAAAUCUAAAAAUCCUCACGUUGUCAGUUCAUCCAAGUUAGACACAAAUGUUCAAGUAGAGUUUCAAAUUUUACAUUUUGAAACUUCUUCUUCGCUGUCGCUGUUACAAAGCAUUUCCCCGCUGUUACAGGAUCAUCCCCGGCCGUACGCGGCCAACACCUCCUAACCUAUCAACUGCUUCUGAGCCGUAAAACACGCGUCGACGUUUUAAAUCUGUGCCCGGCUCCGCUCACACUGUAUUUGAAAACGGUCUAAUAAGGGAACUCCAUUACAUCCGUUUUUUUUUUUUUUAAGUACCACCUAUAGAGCAAAAGGCUGGUGACAUACAACUAGGACUCCACGACGAUUAUGUAGCUAAUUGUUCACUGUAGUGUUUGUUGUUACGUUGAUGCUAAGGUUUAACAUUCUGUUAUGUGAAGCGCUGCCAGUCAGCUAAUAAGCUAGCUCGUUGACAGCAGUUAACCAGUACGUGUACGUCUUUUACUUUUGAAUGUGGUUUUGUUUUCAUGACUCCUUUGAAUCUGACGGGAGUUAAAUGAACCGGUUAGCUUACUUGAUCCGUAGGCCCGUACACUGUGCCGCUGAAGGUUUCGGGUUGGUGUGUGUAUGUCGACUCACCUGUGGCGCCCAUGUGGCUUUAAGGCCACUUCAGGGGCAAAUGUGGAGUUUAGUGUUCGUACUUUCGCAAAUUAUGUUUUUCCAUAGAGUGUGUGAGGGUGAGGGACUAGUAGCACCAACUAGAGUGAAAUUAUACUCCAGGCUGUGUAGGUAAAGAGUGCACAGAGGUCCUUCGGGUACAUUUACACUGCCAUUUCUGUUAUUUGUGUAUGUAGUACAAGCAGUCGGCUUUCUUGAUGUUCUACGAGCAGCUACCCAUAAAACCCUUCUCUGCGCAGAGACAACUUGACUAAGAUACUUUGGAAAAGACGGUGUCUGUCCUGCUCUUCUGCCAUAGAUAGUGAAAGAUGAGAUGUCAUUUCCGACAUAUUGACAGAACUACACACUUUCACAGCGCUACCGAUAUAAAAAAAAAACAAGAAUACGUAUACAAUCAAUUAAAAAAAAGAAAAAGUGUUCCUUUAAGUUUGGUCUCAGUUUGUCUGUGCUCUUAGUCACACCUGCUGUGGUCCAGCUGCCUUUUUAAAGCUUUGUGAAACGUGAAAAGAAAUGUCUCUCUCAAGUGAUGCUGCAAUCCUGAUCCAAGUAAGAACACUUUAGGAUGUAGUUUGUGCAUAUUUUUCUUCUGAUUUUUGUCAUUACGCCGGACGUUUAUCACAGCACAACUGGAAUACGGUCUGCAAAAGUCAUGUAGACUGUCAUACUUUGUUGAAACAGGGAAUAAAAAGAAGUUUUAAAAUAAAAAAGUAGACGUGUUGGCUUGAAUGGAGCCGUGUUCAUGCCGACGCACCGGAUAUUUUGUGACAUUGGGUUGUUCUGGUCAGGAACCGUUCUAUCACACAGAAAGUACUACGGAUGUGGCCAGAUAUAUAUUUAAAUACGUAUAUACAAUCAUCAGCACAUGAUGUUCAGCCCUACUGUGAACUGUGAGUCUGUAUUUGUCCUUAAUUAUUUCUGUCCAUGUCUGCUGUAUGCUGGUCUGUGUUACAGAUCGGCACCGUCAUUCAUACUGUUUGUCAUCGGAUACCUCCACUGUGCAAUAGUUUUUGUGUGUCAUUUGAAAUCAGUUUGUUUUGUUUUUUUUCUUUUGUUUUUUAAUGCGUGGUGCGUGUGUAGUGUCAUUAUUUAUGUGUCCAGAACCAACACAUCCUGUGAAUUUGUAAAGAAAUUUAAGCUUGGACUUAAUUCCCGCAGAAUCUGCAAAUCUCUCAUUGUAAAAUGCUUUUGUAUUUGGGGGAAAGACAAGAAACAGUGUUUUGUUUUUUAGUUUUAUUUAACAGAUAUGAGAAAUGUUAACAGUAAAAAAAAAAAAGAAACAGUUAUAGACUGACAACAGACAAAUAUAUUUUGAUCUUUCUUACUUUGAAUGUUGAUUUUUGUUGUAAUUGUGAAUAUUUAAUUUUGGUAUGAAGCCCGUUCUCAUCUCUGACAGACCUUUCUCUCCCUCAAGCUUGAUUUUUUCCCCCCCUUUCCUUCAAAUGCUCUUCUUGCAAUGUAGGCAAAAAUAAUCUUUAUUAAGAUGCGUACCCUGUGUAGACAGCCAAUAUAGUAUCAUGUUUGUUAUAUGUAUCCUAAAGAGUGUAGAUGAAGAAGCAACAGUAGACUCGAGGACUGGCUGUAGUUACACUAAACCGAGAAGAGGGAACAGAUGCUGGUUUACUUUGAAUCCUCUCUACAUAGUCUGUACUGUUUACCAGAAUAAACAUUUCAGUUAAAUGAGAA